AUGCCCCAAUUCUACCCCUCCAUCAGCCCCGAGCUCCGCGCCUGGGCUCUCCGCCAACCCAUCUUCUUCGUCGCCUCGGCCCCACUACGCGGCAAACACGUCAACCUCUCGCCCAAGGGCCUGCCGGACGCCUGCUUCGCUAUUCUCGGCCCCAACGAGGCCGCCUACAUCGACGCCACGGGCUCCGGCAACGAGACAAUCUGCCACCUGCGCGAGAAUGGCCGCCUCACCGUGAUGUUCUGCUCGUUCGACGCGGCGCCGCGCAUCCUGCGCUUCUUCUGCACGGGGACUGUGAUUGAGUGGGACCAGCCGGAGUUUGGGGAGUAUGUGGCGCGCAUGGGCGGUGGAAAGAGGGUGGUGGGUGCGAGGGCGGUGAUACGCUUGGAUGUGUUUAAGGUCCAAACCUCCUGCGGGUACGGCGUCCCGCAGCUCGCCCUCACCCUCGACCCGGACACCAAUGAGCCCAAACCCUACUUCAAGGACCGCGAGACUAUCGGCCACUGGGCCUCCAACAAGGUCGAGAAGGGCCAGCUGCGCGCGUACCAGCAGCAGUGGAACGCGCGCAGUUUGGACGGGCUCCCGGGCCUGUGGUCCGCCGUCGCGGAUAGUGGGCGGUCUGUGUGGGUGGGCCGCGCGCGGAACUGGAUGCGCCGCCAUGGCGAGGAGAUAGAGUUGGUGAAGACGUCGGUGCUGUGGUUGGGGUUUGUGAUGCUUGUGUUGAGCUGGAUGGGGUAUGCUUAG